AUAUAAGAAUUGAAGAUGCCCACAAAUCCAACAACUAAAGCAAGAGCAACCCAUAACAUCAGUAGUCAUUUCUCCACCAAAUUGGAAGGGAAAUCCUGCAAUAAUAGUAAAAUGGAGGGAGGAGAUGAUGAUCAGUAUCCUGCAGCACCAGAAGAUGAUGGGCCUGCAGUGAGGUGCCAGCAGCCCUCAAACAAAAAGAAGGGCACUGCAAACUGCAAGAGAUUCAGCGAUGAACAAGUGAAGUUACUGGAAUCCAUGUUCACGUUAGAAACCAAGCUGGAGGCACAUAAGAAGCUGCAGCUGGCAAGAGAUUUAGGGCUGCAGCCUCGCCAGGUAGGAAUAUGGUUCCAGAACAAAAGGGCCAGAUGGAAGGCAAAGCAGAUAGAGCAAGAUUACAGAGAGCUUAAAGCCAAAUUUGACACCCUAAAUCUGCAGUUUGAUUACCUCAAGAAAGAAAACCACUCUCUGCUUAUCCAGUUGGAAAAGCUACGUUAUGAGGUAGAAAACAGAAAAACCCAAGAUUCAAAGGGCAGUAAAGAUGCAAACUUUGAAAGCACUUGGAAAGAAAAGGCUGCAGCAGGGUGCUUAAAUGGAGGAGCUGAGGAUGCAAAGGAGGUGGGAAUAAAUGAAUACCUUGAACAGCAAGAAGAAGAGGCAGAGUUGUUGAAGCUGCAGGGGGGAUUAGGAGACUGCAGUCCUUUAUCCUCACAGGAAAACUGGUGCUGCAUCGGCUUAGGCGACGCCUUUUGCCACUCAUGUGGGACUUCAGAAUUGUGGGAUAUUUGAAUGUCUCUUCAAUUCUUCUCAACAUCAAACAUAACGUACAUUUUAAGCCCACAACAGUCCUUCCAACAAUCAAAAUGCAUGGAUCUCAGUCCUUCAUUUUAUAUACGUUUAAUUUGACAGUGAACAACAGGUUUGUUUGUUUGUUUUUUCACUCAGAAGUCAAAAUGGUCUGAAAAAGGAGGCAAAGAAGGGCUGCUACCAGUUUCCGGCCAACAUGAAUUUAUGUACAAUAGCAUAAUAUUUACUGCGUUAUUCGUUUAAUAUAUAGGGUAUGGUUGAUAACUUGAUUUAGGUGCAGUGUGUAGCUCAUAAACACAUUGAGACACAAGUAAACAUCAAAUGAAAUUCCUGCAACUUAGCAUGUACUUA